GUCCCGUCAAAUCAGCAACCUGUGCCAACCAAUGACUACUAUUCAAGGUAUGAUAUGGACAGGAGGCCAGAGAAUGGCGGGAUAUCACCUCGUUUUGCACGCAAGUUUACCCCUUCACCUUCAACCCCAAGUGGAGACAACACGGAGAGACAGUUUUUACGAGUGUUACAGAAGGUAAACGUUUUUUUUUUUUGUUUCCUUUCUUAUAGACAUUAAGUUGAAAAAAAACACCUUGAGACUAAUAAUAAGACUAAGAUUAUAAGGAGAAGAAAAAUGUGAGGUCAAAGAAAGAAGAGGAGAAAGCGUGAGGUUCAGGCAGAAGAAGAGGCUGAGAAUAAGUAUAGGAGUGAAAGGAAAAAAUGCGGCAAUAUAAUAACUAGUUAAAAACACUGUUGCCCCCAUUGAUAUGAUGAAUUAUUGGUGAUCAGACGAAGUAUUUCUUUCUUGGGAACGGCUAACACAGCUGAAUGUUUAUCACAGGUCUACCAAACCAUUGAGAAGAACGAGAUGCGGCUGGAGGACCAGGACAGGAAAGAGGCCAUCAAAGUGGAGUGGCAGCAGCUGGCCCUCAUCAUCGACCGACUGCUCCUGCUCAUCUUCGUCGUCGUCACCAUCGGCAUCACCCUCGCCCUCAUCCUGCCGGGCUACUACGCACAAAUGAAAGACAUCAAAUGA